AUGUCUGUGUCAGCCACAGCCCCCAGCACAGCCUCUGAGAUCACCAUGAGCUCUGCAGCCAUCCCAGUCUCCUCCACAGCUUAUGAGACCAUGAGGUUCUCCACUGCAGUGUCCGAGCCAGUGACAGCCUCUAUCCCAGCCCUUAAGUCCACCCUGGUGUUCACCACAGUCUCUAACACCACCACUUCUUCCACAGUAACAUCUGUGCCCACCACAGCUUCCACCUCAGGCUCUAAGAGCACAACAGCCUGUGAGGCCACCAUGUCUGAAACUACCAUUGCUGCCGUCACAGCCUCUGAGGACGCCACAGUCUCCACUCGAACCUCUGUGAUAACUGCAGAGUCUGUGCCCCACACAGCCACCAAAACACCUACUGACACCACCACAGCAUCUGUGUCCACCACACUCCCCAAGAACACCACACCCUCCGUGAUAACAUCUACAACUUCCACAGCUCCCAACACAGCCUCUAAAACCAUGACCACAGCUUCCGAGACCACCAUGACCUCUACAAUAACAUCUCUGCCCACCACAGUCUUCACCACAACCUCUAAAAUCACCGCAGGCUCUGAGACCCCCACAGCCUCCACCGCACACUCUGAGACCACUACAAUCUCCACAAAAGCCUCUGGGACAACUGUAGAGUCUGUGCCCGCUAUAGCCCCUCCAACACGUGCUGAGACCACCACAGCAUCUGCGCCCACCACAACCUCUACCACAGGCUCUGAGAACACCGAACGCUACACAGUAUCAUCUGUGCCCACCACAGUCUUCGCUACAGCCUCUGAAAGCAGCACAGGUUCUGAGACCACCACAGCCUCCACCUCUGCCACUGAAGCGACUACAGCCAUGACCACAGCCAUGACCACAGGCUCUGAGACUGCUAUGGUCUCCGCCAAAGCUCCUGUGACUACCACACAGUCUGGGUUCUCCGCAGCCGCCAUAAUGCCUGCUGAGAUCACUACAGCGUCUGUGUCCACCACAGCCUCCACCACACUCUAUCAGAACACCAUAGACUCCGUGACCAAGUCUGUGCCCACCAUGGACUCUACCAUAGCCUCCAAGAGCACCACUCUCUCCAAGAGAAUAUCUGAACCACUGCAGUCUGUGACUACAUUGGCCUCUAGCAAAGAUUCUGAGAUCCCCACAGCCUGGAUGAUAACCCCUGUGCCUACCAUAGCUCCCACCUCAGCCUCUGAAACUACUGAGGCCUUCUCCACAGCCUCUGAGUCCACCACAUCCUCUUUCAAAAUAUUUGUGUCCACCACAUCCUGGCUUCCACUAUGGCCUUUGAGGCCACAUUCUGAGACCCCCACUGCCUCCAUAAUAGUAUCUGUGCCCACAACAGCCUCCCCCACAGACUCUGAGACCACUACAGCCUCCACUACAGUAUCCAUGAGCAACAUGGCUGCGAGCACAGCCUCUGAGGUCACUUCAGGGUCUGGAAGCAGCAUGGCUUCCACCACAGGCUCUGAGACCACUACGCCAUCCACAGCAGUAUCUGUGACCUCCACAGCCUCCACCUCAGGCUCUGAGAAAACCACAGCCUUCACAAAAGGCUCUGACACCACCACAGCCUCCAUCACAGGCUCUGAGACCACCAUGGCCUCCACCAUGGCCUCUACUAUGGCCUUAACUAGAGGCUCUAAGAUCACCACAGACUCUACCACAGGCUCUGAGACAACCUCGGCCUCCACCAUGGCUUCUACUGCAGCCUUCACCACAGGCCCUGAGACCAACACGGCCUCCACCACAGACUCAGGGACUACUAUAGCCUCCACUAGGACCUUCACCACAGGCUCUGACACAACCACAGCCUCCACUGCAGGCUCUGAAACUAUUGUGGCCUCCACCGCAGUCUCUGAGACCACAACAACCUCUACUACAGCCUCCACUACCGUCCCUGAGACUACUAUGGCCUCAAGCACAACCUCCACUGCAGGCUCUGAGACAACGAUGGCCUCCUCCAUAAUUUCUGAGACCACCAUGGCAUCCACCACAGGCUCUGAGACCACCACAGUCUCCACCACAGGCUCUGAGACCACCACAGUCUCCACCACAGGCUCUGAGACCACCACCACCACCACUGCAGGCUCUGAGGCCACUAAAGUCUCUACCACAGGCUCUGAAACCACCACAGCAUCUACUGCAGGUUCUGAGACCACCACAACCUCCACCUCCACAGCAGGCUCUGAGGCCACCACAACCUCAACUGCAGACUCUAAGGUGAUCACGGCAUCCAGCAUGAGCUCUGAGACCACUAUGGCCCCCACUGCAGGCUCUAACACCACCACAGCCUCUACCACAGGCUCUGAGACCAUUACAGUCCUGGUUAAAGCCUCUGAGACCACCACAGCCUCUACAGCAGGUUCUGAGACCACCACAGUCUCCCCCACAGGCUCUCAGACCACCAUAGUCUCUAUUUCAGGUUCUGAGAUCACCACCACCUCCAUGGCAAGAUCUGAGACCACCACAGUCUCUAGUGCAGGCUCUGAGACCACCACGGCUUCUACGGCAGGCUCUGACACCACCACCAUCUCCACUGCAGGCUCUGAGACCACUACAAUCUCUACCACAGGCACUGAGACCACCAUGGUCUCCACCAUGGGCUCAGAGACCACCACAAACUCUACUGCAAGCUCUGAGAUCACCACAAUCUCUACUGCAGGCUCUGAGACCACCACAGUCUCCACCAUGGGCUCUGAGACAACCAUCAGCUCCACUGCAGGCUCUGAGACCACCACAGUCUCAACUUCAGGCUCUGGAACCACCAUGGCUUCUACCACAGGCUCUGAGACCACCACCGCCUCUACUGCAGAUUCUGAGACCACUGCAGCCUCUAUUACAGGCUCUGAGACCACCAUGGCAUCCACCAUGAGCUCUGAGACCACUGAAGCCUCUACCACAGGCUCUGAGACCACCAAGGUCUCCACUGCAAGCUCUGAGAUGACCACAGUCUCCACUGCAGGCUCUGAGACCACCACAGUCUCCACCAUGGGCUCUGAGACUACCAUCACCUUUACUGAAGGCUCUGAGGCCACAACAGUCUAUACCACAGGCUCUGAGACCACCACAGCCUCUACUGCAGACUCUGAGACCACAACAGCCUCUACUGCACAUUCUGAGACCACUGCAGCCUCCACCAUGGGCUCUGAGACCACCACAGUCUCAACCGCAGGCUCUGAGACCACAGUCUCCAUUGCAGGCUCUGAGACCACCGCAGCCUCUACUGAAGAUUCUGAAACCAACACAGUAUCUACUGAAGAUUCUGAGAGUACCUCAGCCUCUACUACAGGGUUUGAGACAACCACAGCCUCUAUUACAGGCUCUGAGACCACUAUGGCAUCCACCAUGGGCUCUGAGACCACUAUGGCCUCUACCAUAGGCCCUGAGACCACCAAGGUCUCCACUGCAAGCUCUGAGAUGACCACAGUCUUUGCUGCAGGCUCUGAGACCACCACAGGCUCUGAGACCACCACAGCCUCUAAUACAGGCCCUGAGACCACCACAGCCUCCACCAUGGGUUCUGAGACUACCACAGAUUCUACCACAGGCUCUGAGACCAUCACAGCCUCUACUGAAGGCUCUGAGACCACCACAGCCUCUACUACAGGCUCUGAUACCACCAAGGCUUCCACCAUGGGCUCUGAGACCACUAUGGCCUCUACCAUAGGCUCUGAGACCACCAAGGUCUCCACUGCAAGCUCUAAAAUGACCACAGUCUUCACUGAAAACUCUGAGACCACCAUAGCCUCUACCACAGGCUCUGAGACCACCACAAUCUCCACUGCAGGCUCUAAGACCAUCCCAGCCUCUACAGCGGGCUCUGAGACCACUACCAACUUUACUGAAGGCUCUGAGGCCACAAUAGUCUACACCGUAGGCUCUGAGACCACCACAGCCUCUACUGCAGACUCUGAGACUACCACCACCUCUACUGAAGGCUCUGAGACUACCACAGCCUCUACUGAAGGCUUUGAGACCACUACAGUUUCUACCACAGGCUCUGAGACCACCACAGUCUCUACCACAGGCUCUGAGACUACCAUCACCUCUACUGAAGGUUCUGAGACCACUACAGUCACUAUUGCAGGCUCUGAGACCACAACAGUCUAUACCACAGGCUCUGAUACUAUCACCACCUCUACUGAAGGCUCUGAGACCACCACAAUCUCUACCACAGGCUCUGAGACCACCACAGCUUCUACCACAGAUUUGGAGACCACCACAGUCUCCACCACAGGCUCUGGGAUCACCACCGCCUCUAUCGCAGGCUCUGAGACCACAACAGCCUAUACCACAGGCUCUAAGACUACCACCACCUCUACUGAAGGCUCUGAGGCCACUACAGUUUCUACCACAGGCUCUGAGACCACCACGGCCUCUACCACAGGCUCUGAGAUGACUACAGUCUCUACCACAGUCUCUGAGACCACCACGGUCUCUACCAUAGGCUCUGAUACCACCACAUCCUCUACUGCAGGCUCUGAGGCCAUCACCACCUCUACUGAAGGCUCUGAGACCACCACAGCCUCCACUGCAGGCUCUGAGACCACCACAGCCUCCACUGCAGGCUCUGAGACCACCACAGCCUCCACUGCAGGCUCUGAGACCACCACAGCCUCCACUGCAGGCUCUGAGACCACCGCAGCCUGUACCACAGGUUCUGAGACCUCCACACCCUCCAGUGCAGGCUCUGAGACCAACACUGUCUUCAUCAUAGGCUCUGAGACAACCAUAGCUUCCACUGCAAGCUUUGAGCCCACUGCAACUUCCCUCACAGGUUCUGAGACCACCACAGUCUCUAUCACAGCUUCUGGAGCCACUGCAGCCUCCAUCACUAUCUCUGCCACCACUUUCGUACCCACCAAGGCCACUGACAUUUCUAUUGAGCCCAUCACCAAUACAGCUGUGUCAGGCACCAGAACCACUGGAACCAGAGCCACUGCCUCCAGCUCUGUCACCAUGGCCCCUGGAAUGGACUCCACGGCCUCUGCUGCCAGCCAUCCUGUGCCAGGAAUAGUCCCAAACACCUCUGGCCUGGGUACAUCCACUAUGGGAGCAUCAUCUACCACCUCAGCCCCCGGCAUCAGGACCACCACGCGAUCCACCCGUGAGCCAACCAGCAGCACCUCCCAGGAAACAGGCCCGGUGUCCACGGGCACAAACACAGUUAGCAUGAGCCACACACCCACAAACGUGAUCAAACCAAGUGGAUAUUUACAGCCCUGGGCUAUCAUCCUCAUUUCCCUGGCUGCAGUUGUGGCUGGUGUUGGAUUGUCAGUAGGACUGAGUUUUUGUCUGAGACACCUUUUCUUCCCCCUGAGAAAUUGUGGUAUUUAUUACCCCCAUGGCCACAGGCAUGGCCUUGGUCUGGACCUCGGCUUGGGCCUGGGCUCUGGGACAUUCCACAGCCUGGGAAAUGCACUGGUUCAUGGAGGAGAACUUGAAAUGGGACAUGGAGGAACACAUGGCUUUGGAUAUGGAGUGGGCCAUGGACUGAGCCACAUCCAUGGAGACGGCUAUGGAGUGAAUCAUAGUGGGCAUUACAGACAUGGAGGAGGCCACUGA